GGAGAGGGGAGAGAUUGGGGGGCGCCUGCAGCCAAGGGCUGUGGAGGAAGAAAUGGCAGGCCCUAGUCAGCUCUGCAUUCGCCGUUGGACUACCAAGCAUGUCGCAGUAUGGCUGAAGGAUGAAGGUUUCUUUGAAUAUGUGGACAUUUUAUGCAACAAGCACCGACUUGAUGGAAUCACAUUACUCACACUGACUGAAUAUGAUCUUCGAUCUCCUCCUCUGGAAAUCAAAGUCCUAGGAGACAUUAAAAGGUUAAUGCUCUCAGUCAGAAAAUUGCAGAAAAUCCAUAUUGAUGUUUUGGAGGAGAUGGGCUACAACAGUGACAGUCCUAUGAGUCCCAUGACUCCAUUCAUCAAUGCUCUUCAGAGUGCAGACUGGCUCUGUAAUGGAGAGCCCACACACGACUGUGAUGGACCCAUCACUGACUUGAAUUCUGAUCAGUACCAGUACAUGAAUGGCAAAAACAAACAUUCUGUUCGAAGAUUGGACCCAGAGUACUGGAAGACCAUACUGAGUUGCGUAUAUGUUUUUAUAGUAUUCGGGUUUACAUCUUUCAUUAUGGUCAUUGUUCACGAGCGAGUGCCUGACAUGCAGACCUACCCACCACUCCCGGAUAUAUUCUUAGACAGUGUUCCCAGGAUCCCGUGGGCCUUCUCCAUGACUGAAGUGUGUGGCAUGAUUCUGUGCUACAUUUGGAUCCUGGUUCUUCUUCUUCACAAGCACAGGUCGAUCCUUCUGCGAAGGCUCUGUAGUCUGAUGGGCACUGUAUUCUUGCUUCGCUGCUUUACCAUGUUUGUGACCUCCCUCUCCGUGCCAGGACAGCACCUGCAGUGUACUGGAAAGAUAUAUGGAAGUGUAUGGGAGAAACUACACCGGGCUUUUGCCAUUUGGAGUGGCUUUGGUAUGACCCUGACUGGUGUCCACACUUGCGGAGAUUACAUGUUCAGUGGCCACACAGUUGUUCUAACCAUGCUGAAUUUCUUUGUCACAGAGUAUACACCAAGAAGCUGGAAUUUCUUGCACACUCUCUCCUGGGUUCUCAACCUCUUUGGAAUCUUCUUCAUCUUGGCUGCCCAUGAACAUUAUUCCAUUGAUGUGUUUAUUGCCUUUUAUAUCACAACAAGACUCUUUUUGUACUACCAUACUCUGGCCAAUACCAGAGCGUAUCAUCAGAGUAGGAGAGCGAGAAUUUGGUUUCCUAUGUUUUCUUUCUUUGAAUGCAAUGUUAAUGGCACAGUACCUAAUGAAUACUGUUGGCCAUUUUCUAAACCAGCAAUAAUGAAAAGACUAAUUGGAUGAAGACUAUCUCUGUAAUGAGUUUGUUGUUAAAUAUACAGUAGUUACAGAAUGAAAAUGAAUAACUUUGCUUUGUCCCCAGGUUGUUCCUGGAUAUGUUGCAUUUUGGCGUAUAUGUUGACAGGUUUCCCAUUCUGAGCAAGGCUGUGACUAUAAAACUCAAGAAAGAGCAACUAAGACUCCUUACCUCACUGUUCGAACAGAGAGCUCAAGGAGAGAUUUUCUGCCCCUCCUUCACUGUAGGAAGACCCAGUGUGUGGGUGAUGUCAGGCCAUUACCUGUGCAUGUUGAGUGUUUGCUUUCUGAACUCAAGCACAUUAGCUUGGGUAGGUUGAUCGAUUUCCAGUAGGACUCAAGUCAAGAAAUAUUUUUUGAAGCUGUUUCCCCCCCUACCAAGCCAUUCUCACUUGUUCAUUGAACUAACCUGUGUCUGUGUGGGAAGUGAUUGUCUUACUGGUAAACCUUUGAACCAUUUUUAAGAAAAGUAUAUUGAACACAGCAGCUUGCAUUAAACAAGUAGAGAAUGCAAGGGGCCAUGUGUGAGGUGACACACUGGUCAGGUGUCACUGGCCUUCCCACUAAUACAAAUAUGGGGUCAGCAUUUUCACCAUAGGUGCAGUUCCUGUUUUGUUUUGAAGCUUCACUGUGAAUAACAGUAAGGAUUUGUGAAGGAAAGCAGCUGUGUUCAUAAUAGUAAAGUAGUGUCAUUUGAGUGCUGUAUUGGAAUAAGUUUGUGUUGUAACAGUUAGUUAAGCAGAUGACAGCACAAUAUAAUGCUUUCUUUAAUGAUGUGAUUUAGUGAGACAAAUAAGAGUGUUUUACCAGAUGUUAAAGUUCUAAUGUCAGUAAAUAAGUAAAUGUGCAUGCAAGAAAUUCUUUUCUUCUAAUGAAAAAAAAUCUACAGGUUGUAGGCAUAGUGUUAACUCUUUGGGGUGUUUUGUUUUCUUGAAAGUUCUCAUUCUUGGCCAUUGAAAGUAAACAGUCAGACAUACUUGGACACAAAAAGCUUGUUGCUUUUUUUUUUUAAAAAAAAAUAAUGUGUACAUACAUUCUUUCUAUAGUCUUAGUUUGGCAGUCAAGAACUAAAAUAAAUUAGCUGCUGUUUACAUUAGAAAAUUAUCAUCAGCAAUUAAUUUUACUUCUCAGAUACCAUUUGUUACUUUAUUUUUGACCUUGGCCUGGUUGUAGAAUUGGAAAUUGACCUUUAGAUUAAACAAGUAGAAUACUAAUUGUGUAGUUUUUACAUUCCAUUUUCAAACAAGGACUUUGAAGAGGUGCUGGCAUACUGAGGUCACAGCAGACACUUGGUCCUUCUCUGUUUGGGUGAAAUGCUCAUUAUUGCAGUUGGAAACGUAGUCCCACCCUCCCUGAAGCUACCAGAGUGAAUUAGGCAAGAAGGGGAGAUUAGGCAGGCAGGUUUCAGCCCAUCCUGUAUAAACUGAGUCUGCUGGAAAACAUCACUCGUUUAUCACUUGAGAAAUGAUGUGAGGCAACUCAAGUUUGAUUAUGUCUUGAAAUUUUAUACUUCAGAAUCUUACAGUAUUUUAAAUUGUUGAUUCUGUUCCAAGCCAGGAUCAAAAAUGCCAAUGUCUCAUGUAAAGCAAUUGCAUAAUCUUGGAGUGAAGGUUUUCCAUGUUUGCUUAAGUGGUUUGACUUGAAGUCAAAGGUCAUUACUGCCCCUCCUCUUACACCCCACCCCUAUCAUAGCAGGACCCAACUUACGUAGGGGGAAGCUGGUGUUGGCUAUUGGGAGACUGUUCCAAAAACAUGUGUCAACAUUAAUUUCAAAAUGCUCGCUACAUUAAUGGUAAAUGUCUUAACAUCAGGCUUCUCUCCUCCAUGUGGAUUCUAUUGUAGAGCAAAAUAGCAAAGUAAAUGCCACUAGCUUUGCGGCGCUAUUGGUGAGUGCCUGGCAGCAGCCUGCAGUGCGGAUUAUGAGUGGCCUUGCAGUUACUCCCAUUUGUUUUGAGGAAAAGGUAAGCUAGAUUAUAAUAUAUUAGCUAUUAUGAGACAGUGUUUACAUGAGCUAAUCAUCUUCAAGUCUCAAAACUGAUACAAAAUUAUUUUCAGGUUUUGACUUCACACCUUUCCUCUUGUUGAAAUCUUAACUGUAGUGAAGAUAGAAUUUAUGUUUAUAUUUUGGCAUGAUGUAGCUGGGGGGAGAGGCUCCAUGCUUUUGAACCUUCUAUUUGAUUCUGCAGUUGUACAAGGCUUUCAUCCUUCCCAGCUUAGUGAAGAAGGAAAGAAAGGGCUUGAGUUUGGGAAUGCAAAUUAGGGGUUCUGUGGGAAGUCCUGGCUGAAUUGCCUGUGUUCUAGAAACAGUGUUGUUACCCUCCCUGUGGUGCUCAGCCUGGGGCUGUGUGUGCCAGGCUAGUGCUCUACUGUUGAGCUACAUCCUCAGCUCUCUGUGCUUUUCAUGGGGCAAGGCAGUGUCUUUUUGAAAGGUAGUUGAAGCUGGUAGGAGAGGAACGAGGCUUUAAGGAAGAUUAGCUUGCAUUCAUCACCACAUACUCUGGCAGAAACCCUUUUUGUCUAUGUUGGCAGUUCCCAAUGAAGCUAUCCUCCAGUUCUCUCUGAGCAGAAUUGCUGUGGCAAAAAUACUACUUUUAUAUGCUGGCUCUACGUGUUAAUAGUCUUCCAAAACCAAGAAAAACCACUGUCAGGAGCAUAACAUUGACACUGUGAGGGGUGACAGGCCUACCCUAGCUGCCUGUGUUACGACUGAGAAUUCGCAAAAAUUUGUAAUUUAUACAUGGAGAACAGAGGAGUGAAAUCCUUUUUAUAGCAGAGAAGCUGUCUGUUUUAGGAACAUUUGUGCAAAAUUUUUUUUUUUUCCCCUUGAGGCAGGGUUUCUCUGUGUAGCCUGGGCUGUGCUGUCCUGGAAUUCAGUCUGUAGAUCAGGGUAGCCUUGAACUCAGGGAUCCCACCUGUCUUUGCUGGAAUUAAAUUCAAAUUCAUGACAAAAACUUGUUUUGUUUUUAUUCAGCAAGAAGCAGUUUUAUCACUUAAGGAUUCUAGACCCACAAUGCUUAAGGAUGCUUCUGGCAUUCUUGACUUAGACUCUCUGAUUUAAUACACUUACUGAUUUGAUAGUCUUAUAGACAGAGAGCCUGUAGUGAAAGCAGUGAUGGUCUAGUCAGCCACCUGUCAGUCUUUUAUGGUCUCAGACUUUGGAGACAAGAAAAUUCUUUAGAAUAGUUUACUUGCUUUCCUUCAUACAGUGAAAGCCACCAAAGCAUGUCAGUUUUAAUGACAACUUUACAUGACAGUUUUGACAGUUGAUGUUUAUUCAGAAGUGAGCUUGGCCUCAUUUGCCCCUAUACCUCCACAGCUGGGGAUUGUUAGAUCCCUUUAAAACUCAGACAGCUUCAGCUGACCCAUGGGAAGAGAAGGAGUUUGUUUCUUCUCUUUGUGAAUAGCUUUACAUGAAUAAAUUAUUGUAGAAGUAGGUGUCGGUUUGCCUGUCAAGUCAGUGGCACUAAUUUCACAAAACUAAUGUGAUAAAUUAUUGUAUCAAGUUCAGUACAAAUGUCUAUGAACUCUAAGCUAUUUCUCCAGCUACAUUAAGUUGUUUUUGAGACACAUUCUACUGUAUGUUAAUUAAAGGACUCUUUAUUCUGUGUAUUUUUUGUCUUGGCAUAAGGAAGCUUUAUGCUUUGAAAGGAGAAGGAAUGUUAUGGAGUUGUGUUUGGUUUUUGUUUUUCAUUGUUAUUUCACAUCUCUUAAUCUGAACUACUGGAUUUUCUGAAGAACUAAACAGCCAGCUAUUAACAUCUUUAAAAUGUUUAAUUUUAAUUUUCAUUUGAAGAAUCCAUGGAUCAUUAGGACAGUGAAAUGUUUCUGAUAUGAACAAAGCAAAUGAGUCUAGUACUCAGUGGAGACCAGAAGCAGUUUGCUGGGCUAAACCAGGCCUGUUUAGUUUGGGGAAUUGUACCUAAAGGUCUCCCUGUCCACAGAGAAACUAGUGUUACUUGAAGAUAUGAAAGUUCCUGUGGUAGCCAUACCUUGAAGCACAGUGUUGUAUAUAAGUAAAUACCUGAUUCUAAAUUAAAUCCAGAUUUAACUAAUAUAUAUUAUUUUAUAUCUUUGUUGUAUUAAAAUGUUUUAAAACACUAAAAAUAAAACAUUUGAAAGUUGA